CUUACUCAAUCACCCAUCACUUCCUUUCCGCGAUUCCCCCAGCUCCAGCAGAUUACAAUACCUCUCUUGCUCAGCCAGCCAUCACCACUCCCACCAGCUCAGCACCCGUCCACCUCACACGAUGAAGCUCACCCUCAUCAUCGCGACCAUUGCCGCCACGGCCUUUGCCGCGCCCCGGGCGAGCGGCGAAAUGUCUCCUGCUCUGGCAGACAUGGAAGGCCGUGCCGACAACUGUUUCUUCCCAUCGCAGUGCUCGGCUUUCUGGUCUGGCAAGUGCGAGAACCACUGCGGCUCCCGGGGCUUUUCCCACAUGAGCCGUGACGGAUGCAAGUGGAAUCCAAUCAAUAUCACGCAGAAGUGCUGUUGCAUCAGGAAAUGAGUUGAAGCGCUUGAUUCCUCCAGGUGCUGGAGCGGGCUCGUGGAAGAGUUCAGAUGAUCAGAUAUGUCUUUGUUAGCAGAAUCAAAAUACAAUGAUAACUGUGGAU